AUACUUACCGUCUUUUAUCAUGUGUAAGUCAGACGGUAUUGUCUUCGAAAUCUAGUAACACUCCGUCUCUGAAAGAAAAGUUUAUUCAUGAAAUUUCACGAGAUGUCACGUGAGGUCGGUACCAGGUUGCAAAAUGGCUAGAAGGAACGAGAAGGGUGUCUGCCAGUCUGCGUCUCUUCCGACAAUUUUGUUAGCUGUUUCAGCAGCAGUUCCGUGGCUGUGGGUUGUGACUUCUACAACAGUGACUUGUCCAUUUUCGUUUCCUCGUUCGUUUGAAAAUCGGACAUCAAUCUACCUGGCAGCAUGUCUCAAUUCAUGUCUCUACGAAAAUGUGACUGCACCACGAAAUUGCUAUGUCGAGGACUGUAUUUCAGGCUGUCAUAUCGAUGUCUCUAUGAGUUUUGAUCAAGAAGAAUACAGAAUUACAGUUAGGGAGUCGACGAUUAACGGCACUCAUUUGCUUUCUGUGCAUCUUGUGCCAUCCCUUUGGAAUCUCUCCAUAUACUUUGAAUUGCGCACAGAAACGGAUAAAUUCAAUAUUGAUGCAUCAGGAAAUGUCACAUUAACUCGUCCACUUGACAGAGAGAUCCAAGGUAUUCAUACUGUUCAAGUGGACGCACUGCUGUCCAGCAUUCUUGAUGUUCCACUGUCAAAAAAUCUGUUCAAGUCUGAAGAGAUGACUGCACAAACUGUGAUCACAGUACUAGUGGAGGAUGACAAUGACCAUGUGCCAGCAUUCACUCUUUCUCAAUACAGAACUGCCAUUCUUCGUGAUGAGGAAAUAGGAGUUGUUGUGUUGAGAGUCAUUGCUGUUGACCGAGAUGCUACUUUAGCACACAGACAUCUCACUUAUUCUUUAGAGACUCCGUUUUCAUCAGUACCAUUUGCUGUGGACACUGCAAGUGGUGCUCUCACAGUAACAGGACAUCUAGAUGAAGAUGACUACAUGUUCAGAGUGAUUGCUACAGACGGGCAUUUUAAUGCUACUGCUGAUAUUGUUGUGGGGGUUGUGAUAGAUGCAGAGCAGAUGUGUGAGCCCAAUCAAUGUCUUCCCAAUGGUCGAUGUGUACCAAAGCAGGGAAGUUAUGAUUGUGUCUGUGAGGUUGGGUUUGUCGGUUUGCACUGCCAAAAGGUGGAAACGUGCACACGAGACUCGUGCAUUUUGAAAAAUGGAAGAUGUAUUGAUGGACCACUUCUCAGUGGUUGCUUGAAACCAGCAAAUACCGAUUUGGCAGAUCGUUACUUUGAAUCACUUCCAUUCAACAGCAUACAACAUUCUGCUAUUCAGUUUUCCCACGUCACUAAUCCUCAUCUUUGCUACUCUACCGUGCAACUGGUUCACAUAACCGGUGAACGAUCCGCUCUCAAAGCAGACCUCAAUGUCACUUACACAGCAGACGGUGAUCUAAACAUCACCAUAUCAGAGAUUGAAGAGAAAUCAGUCACAAUCCUACUUCAAGUUUGUUGCAAGGAAUUUGGUUGUUUCAGCGUACAGAACUGGCAUGAAACUAUGCUGCCCGUGCAAAUGAGCCAUGACUUCUCUUUGCGGGAUGAAGUUAAAGUGACCAUCGUUCGUUGCCCUCCUCUGCCACCUACAGACAUACAGUUUGGAUCAAUCAGUUGCACGGGACAGGAAUACAGGGACACGUGUACGAUCACAUGUGACUAUGGAUACGUCAUCAAGGACCGCAUAGUCCAUGCAGAGCGUACAUGUGGUGCUGAUGGUAGCUGGAAUGCCACUCAAGUAGUAUGUUCGCGUAUUGACUGCGGUGAUCUCCCUGUAUCCAACGUAUCUCUGUCACGUGUUGAGUGUAACGGAACGAGAUACUACAGCUCGUGCGCUGUCGUGUGUCCAAGCGGUCACGCUCUCUCCACUCCCGGGCGUCGUGUGUGCAGAGGGGAUGGUACGUGGUCAAGUAACUCCACACAAUGUAUAGAGUCUGACUAUUGCAUAUUGGCAAAAGAUGAUUGUAACCAACAGCACGGUGUCUGUCUGAGUACAGGAACAGCAGCAUAUCAGUGCUCUUGUACCAGUGGAUAUACCGGAAAUGGCAAGUAUUGUGGCAUCGAUCAAGACCAAGAUGGCAUACCAGACACAAAUCUUCCUUGCAAUCUUACUGAAGUCACAUGUAAGGCCGAUAACUGUCGUCAACAUCCUAAUAGUGGUCAAGAGGACACAGAUAAUGAUGGAGUUGGAGAUGCUUGUGACGAAGAUGAUGAUGGAGAUGAGGUGAGAGACAGAGACGACAACUGUGCGUUUGUAUUUAAUCCACUACAGAACGACACAGACAGAGACAAACGGGGCGAUGAGUGCGACCCGUGUCCUUAUACUGCUGACAACGGAGUUGAUACGGAUAACGACGGUCUAGGUGAUGUUUGUGAUUUGGAUGUUGACGGUGACGGAGUUAGCAACGUUUCCGACAACUGCCCAUUUCACUUUAAUCCCUCGCAGAACGAUAAAGAUGGCGAUGAAGUGGGAGACGUUUGCGACAAUUGCCCGAACACAGCAAAUGCUGAUCAAGUGGAUGCAGAUGAGGAUGGCGUGGGAAAUAGCUGCGACUCUGGAGAAGACAGAGACAGAGAUGGAAUCGGAGAUGGCACGGAUAACUGUGUGUCCGCACCAAAUCCUGAUCAGUUGGAUACGGACGAUGAUGGCUUGGGAGAUGUGUGUGAUACAGACGACGACGGCGAUUCUGUUUCGGAUCGUGUCGACAACUGCCGUCUUGUUAAAAAUUCUGGUCAGGAGGAUAGUGAUGGUGAUGGUACCGGUGACGCGUGUGAAGAUGAUGCAGAUGGUGACCACACAGUCGAUUCACUGGAUGUCUGUCCCUUCAACAAACACAUCACUCUCACAAACUUCACAACAUUUGAUCGAAUCGCAAUAGACCCGAUCGAGUCAAACCAAAUCGAACCAAUCUGGAUCGGCAACGGCAACGGAGCAGAGAUACUGCAGACAGAAAACAGCGAUCCUGGAAUGGCUAUCGGGCACGACGUGUUCGACUAUUUGCAGUACGAUGGAACGUUCUACAUCAGUGACAACGUUCGUCAAGAUCAACAAACGGACGACGACUACACGGGUUUUGUAUUCGGAUAUCAAAACAACCGGAGGUUUUAUAUCUGUAUAUGGAAACGUUCUCACCAGCCGUUUGACAUUAACAGCAAUGACCCUCCUCGACCGACAGCAUUUCGAGGCAUACAGCUAAAGGUUAUUGACUCGGCGACCGGUCCUGGUCCAGAGCUGAGAGAUGCCAUUUGGAAGACUGACGGUACCGUCAAUCAAUCAAGAUUACUCUGGUUUAGUGAUGUUCGAUGGGAAUUCAACACUGCGUAUCGUUGGCACUUGGUGCAGGAUCCGGCAAGCGGCUAUAUACGUGUCAGAUGGACACAGGGCUCGUUUGUGCUUGCGGACAGCGGUGCUGUCUACGAUCGCACGCACUACGGAGGUCGAACAGGCGUGUUUGUCUUUUCGCAGGCACAAGUCACAUUUUCUAACCUGAAGUAUCGCUGUUUGACGAGAAGCAACUAUUUACUGCAAUUUUCGGAGGAAACUUCUGAAGGAGUUACACUUGGAAUCACAGAAGAUUUAGUUGGAGGAACGAGUUUUACAUUGUCAGCUUGGAUGUUCCUCACUCACAGUGGAAAUCCAGCUUGUUCUCUGGAACGAAACAUUACGUUCGGGCAUGCCAAUUUGUCUGGACCGGAUUUGGGCAUUUUCCGACAAUCAACAGACGAUGAGGUCGAUUGGACGGUUACUGACAAAGCAUCCCCGACCGCUGGUAGCGGACCAUCUGAAGAUCACACCGGUAACAAAGGAUUCUAUGUCUUUCUAGACCUGCCAUUUCAGUUCCCUCUUCGAUUUACUGUCGAGGGAUACAGGGCCAUUCUAGAAAGUGUGGAUUUCAUCUCUUCGUCCGGUUGCACACUGUCGUUCUGGUACCACAUGUAUGAAGAAGUCAGAGAUUUUAUUCAUAUGGGCAGCCUGGACGUUGAGGUGUACUACAGCAUUUACGGAUGGUACCCAGUGUUCAAUCGUGCUCUCAAUCAAGGAAAUCAGUGGCAUAAUGCCCUCAUCGAUCUGUCGCCAUUCAAAGGAACAAUCAGAGUAAGGUUUGUUGGUCGCAAAGGUAUCAUUCAAGGUAGCAAGAACGAGAUUGCUCUUGACGACAUAACAUUAAGUUCUCUGUGCAGUCACCGAGAAGUUUGUGAAAAGACCAAGCCUCUCUUCGGAUCUACAUCAGCUGCAGGCAUUCACGUUCUAUUGAGAAAUAAUUCUUUACAAGCCAGUGUUGCUACGUCAACAAAGCCUCUACCCUCGGCAACCUGGUUUCAUGUGGCACUGCAAUAUGAUGCUGCCAAGCAGACACAGUCACUCUUUUUCAACGGGCAAAUAAUUGCUUCUGUACUAAUUGAUGACGAUCAAGAAGGGACUGACCUAUCCAAACCACUUCUUCUUGGCCAGCAUCUAGAAUGUACACUGACUGAUGCCUGGAUUGAUGAGGUUCGAGUGUGGAGGUCGGUCGUGAAUGUCACCAAUACAUACAACAAGAUAACAAGGGUUGAUCAGUCACCCUAUCUGCUUGCUUAUUGGAGAUUUAAUGAACCGUCAGGCAGACUACUGCAAGAUGAGGUCAGUGGAAGUGACACCGAGCUGCCCGACACCUUUGGUCCUACUCAAUAUGCGAGUACAUUAGACUUAGGCAUGUAACACAUAUAUACCUCUACACACAAUGACAAACAAGAAAGUAGCAGAAAGACAGAAAACCAAAUUGAACAAGAAACUGGAAAUGCUAAAAUGGUGUUUUGCCUAAGAAAUAUUGAAAUCGAGUUGGUCUAUGAUGUGCUUGCCUGUAGUGACUUUAUCAUCAUAAAAAUAAAUUCAUCUAGUGCACAA